CAACACCAGUUUGACGUCACUUGGGAGCCUGGUUCGGUUUGCUGUCAUCUACGUAGAAGGGAAGGGCAUGACAUGGAUCUAAAUUUUCCGAUGUACAAUAAUUCAUGCGUCGUAGCUUGUUAAAAGUUUUUUUUUUUGCUGUUCCUAUGUACCACAUUAGCGGUUUAUUUCGUUUUGACAUCUUGAACAACCAGUGGCUAGCAUACCGGCUGCCUAUCUUGUGACUUACUGUAGCUAACUGUAACUGUUAAAGGUAACCGUUAACGUUAGCUAGCUAACGCUAAUUCAAACAGAAAGCUUCCGCAUGGCGUUAAUCCUAUUUACGAGGUCUCGGGCACCUUUAGUGAAAACCUCCAGGUCGUUAAAAAACGAAUUCAGGAAAGGUAAAGGAAAAGCACAAGAUGGUGCCUGUUUCAACUGCACAGCACUCAGACUCUCCGGUCAAAAGCUUGAUGGGCUCCGACUUGGCAGUGUGGCCCAGGUCUCUCCAUCCGGUCCUUCCCUUCCUUUGUCAGACGGAUAUGUGGGCCCCUGCCACAGCCUGGACUUUCAGCGCCUCUACUGUGGUUUUUUGUUGGGGGCCCCCUCUUCACCGCACCCCGCGACCACAGCGGGGGCCCAGUGGACAAUAGCACGACCCAGGGACGCCUGCGCCGUUAGGUGGAUACACACCUCCAGCAGGAGAUGGGACGACUCCAAGGUGGAGAAGUCCCUGCGUUCGCUGAAGGACAAGAAGAAGAAGCUCGAGGAGGGAGGACCGGUGUACAGCCCGACGCUGGACGCACCUGUGAGACGGACACUCCGGCAGUGGGUCGUAGAUGAAGUCAAGCACUACUACCACGGCUUCAGGCUGCUGUGGAUCGAUACCACCAUCGCUGGGCGGAUGCUGUGGAGGGUGCUGAACGGACACCCCCUGUCCCGCCGCGAGAGGAGACAGUUUCUCAGAACGUGUGCCGACGUCUUCAGACUCCUCCCCUUCCUGGUGUUCAUCAUCGUCCCCUUCAUGGAGUUCCUGCUCCCCGUAGCUCUGAAACUCUUCCCCAACAUGCUGCCGUCCACCUUCGAGACAAAGUCAAAGAAGGAGGAGAGGUUGAAAACGGAGCUGAGAGUCAAACUGGAGAUGGCCAAGUUCUUGCAGGACACCAUCGAGGAGAUCGCCCUGCGGAACAAGGCUGCCCAGGGGAACGUGACGGAGGAGUUCUCCACCUUCUUCCAGAAGAUACGGAACUCCGGGGAACGUCCCAGUAAUGAGCAGAUCAUCAAAUUCUCCAAACUGUUUGAGGACGAGCUGACUCUGGACAACCUGACCCGGCCUCAGCUGGUGGCUCUCUGCCGCCUCCUGGAGCUCCAGUCAAUAGGGACCAACAACUUCCUCCGCUUCCAGCUCAUCAUGAAGCUCAGGAACAUCCGGGCAGAUGACAAGCUGAUAGCCGAGGAAGGGGUGGAGAGUCUGAACGUGAACGAGGUGCAGGCAGCGUGUCGCGUCAGAGGGAUGAGAUCUCUGGGAGUCACAGAGGAACGACUGAGAGAACAGCUCGCCCAGUGGCUGGAGCUGCAUCUGAACCAGCAGAUCCCCACGUCCCUGCUGCUGCUGUCCCGGGCCAUGUUCCUCCCCGACACGCUUUCCCCCGCCGACCAGCUGAAGACCACACUGCAGACGCUGCCCGAGAUGGUGACGAUGGAGGCCCAGUUGAUGGUGGCAGAGAUGGAGCUCUCCAAGGUGGACAACAAGGCCAAGGUGGAGACCACGCUGCAGGAGGAGGCGGCUAUACGCCAGGACAACAAGGAUCGGGAGAAUGAGAGGCUGGCCGACGCUGCGGAGAAGGCCGCCAGGGAGGGUGAGUUGGAGUUUGAAGCCGAGCCGGUUAAAGCUGACGUGGCUCCACAUUCAGAGACGCUGAGGGACCCAGCACCUGUCAUAGAAGGAAUCAAGUUUGAACAGUGGCAGACAUUCCUGCGCUACCAGGGGGAGGAGAUCACCAAAGAAGAGAUUGACCUGUUGAGUGACGCGUGCUCCAAGCUGAAGGGCCAGAAGAGGCUGUUAACUCUGGAGAAAGAAGAGCUGGAAGAACUGAAGGACGAUGUCCAGGAAUACAACGAGGAUCUGGAAGAGAUAAAGAAAGAGCUUUCUAAAACCGGCCAAGAAAAGGCUCUGGAGGAAUCAAAGGCGAGCCAGCGACUGUCUAAGAGAGUCAACCGCAUGAUCGGUCGCAUUGACAAGAUCAUCGGGGAGCUGGAGAAGGACAAAGUCAUCCUGGACGGACAGAUGGACAGUGGGACCAGCCCGCCUGUCGGUCUGUUCUACACCUUCAGGGAGAACCUGAUCAGCAUCGACGAGCUGAUCGGCGUCAUGCGGCAGAUCCAGAACAUUCCCGAGCACAAGCUGCAGAGCAUCGCCGAGGCCCUCGACGACAACAAGGACGGCAAGAUUGACAUCGACGACGUCAUCAAAGUGGUGGAACUGAUCGACAAGGAGGACAUAGACAUCUCCACCACCCAGGUGGCCGACAUCAUGCUGAUGCUGCAGAAGGAGGAGAAGCUGCUGGAGAAGGAAAAGGCCAAAGAUAAAGCGGAGAAGGAACAGGCAGCCACACUCAACAACUAACUCAUUUCCCAUAAAGACACAUAGCCGUGUAAAACCCGGUCACAGAAGACUCUGGCCCCCAUAUGGUUCUUGAGAGAGAUAUUAAAUGUCAUUUCAACAUAAAUUUGAGCUCCUAAAAAUGAAUUGUUAUACAAUUAAAAAGAAGGCAUAUUGCCUUUUAAAAUGCACAAAAUUAAGAAAAAAGAAACCGUGUUAUGUAAAUGUUAAAUCUUUCUGGACCUACAUGUUGAUAUUUGGUUUUGUGAAAUUUUCCUCAAUAAUUAAUUGAUAGAGGGAACAAAUGACAUGAAACCGUGAUUGUUCUCGUGACUGAAGAGAAGACAAAUUGAACAAAAACCAUGUUCGGAAAAUAUAUAUUAGGAGAAUUCUUGUUUAAAGUUUGAGGUGAACCGUCUUGCCUUUCAUUUCAUUUAUGUCAUCAUAUCAGAGAAAUGAGAGAUCAUUUCUGGAAUUUUGCACAGUACAAAAUCAUCAUCAUUACCACCAUUUAACUCACUUACUUUCUUCUUUUGAUUGUUUAUUCAUCAUACUCUUAUAUUGUAAAGUAACCUGUUAUAUUUUUUUUCUUCUGAAUUGUACUUGGACAGGGUAGCUUAUUGCUGUAGGAGGAUAGAAUGGUGGCUGCAAACCAAAUAUAUAAAUACACACAGCCUAGAAAUUCAUUCAAAAACAUAGAAUAAAGUGUGAGUUUGAAGAGCAGAAUUCAAAAAUAAUAAAAACCAAAAAGGGACAUAGCUGUACGUUAAUCAUUCCUUCUAAAACAGAAGUAAAUGGAGGCUUCAUGCUGUAGACGUGUUUGUCCAAAAAGCCAAGAACUGAAGUUAGCAUCGGUAUUAAAUAUAACUACACUGGAUAAUUUUGAACUGACUACAUAAUAAUCUUUGAUCUUGUUGUAGCACAGCUCUCAUAUCUAUUCCUGUUGUGUUCAAUAGAUCUCUCUAAAAUGCCAAAGUUGCACUGUGGUACAGUUAAUAACAGGGUCAACAAACAAACCAGUUAGGACUGGCUGAUUUAUAAUAAUCAGUAUAGCAACACCAAAACAAAACAGCCCGCCAGUCAAAGAUUGCUCAGUUUGGAGGUUGUCUACGGAGCCCCUAAAGCAAGUGUGUCAAACAUAUGGGCUGUUGGGCCAGAACCGGCCCGCCAAAGGGUCCAAGUAGGCCCACUGGAUGACUUUUCAAAGUGUGAAAUUAGCAGAGAAGUAAUUUAUUCUAAUUCCAAAUUUGCCACUUUCAUCUCAGAAUAUUCAAGUUCUUUUUCUGUAAAUGUACUACUUUAAUCUUAGAAUAGUUUUUUCUCGGACUAUUACCCCUUUCUCCUGGGUCUGUAACAUUAAUAUUUUUUUCCCACAAUGGCCUUAGAACGCUGUCGUAGCAGAAGCAACUUGCGUUUGGCAACAUCAAGCUGACAAGUUGCAGAUAAAGUUUCUGAUCUUUCUGGAGUGGUUUAUUGGUCCGGCCCACUUGAGAUCAAAUGCUGCCGAGAAGGUAUUAUUAUCCUGAAAACGCAAAAUAUCCCUAUUAUUGUCAUUAACUUAAAGAUAAAAAGGCUGAUUUCAUGCUGUGAAAUGUUAUCUUUAGUCACAUAACAAUAACAGUACUAAGUUUGUAUAAUUUUUGCUAGCCCUAGAUUGGUUUCUCGUAAGCACGAGAUACUCUCACAUGCUCACAAGAAGAGUUUGUGGUGCGCACCAGAAAAAUAAAUUGCCCAUGUCCCUUAAGGAGCUCCGUAGUUGUCUGCUCAGAAGGUAGAAAGUAGCUUGUUGGGGAAUGUAAACUAGUUUAUUUUUCACACAUGAUUAGUGUGAUAACCUAAUCUUGUCCUCCAUAGUUUAAAUACAAAGUGGCCUUCCUUUGACACAGAUAUAAUGGCUCAUAUACUGUUGUAUAUUUAUUUUGGAGUAUUACAUGGACAUGGUAGAGCUCUGAUAGGAUUUACAUGAUCACUUAGUUUAGAGCUGAAGACGUCUGGAUGAAUUUAGCUGUAGCUAAGGUUGUUUGAGGCACAUACUGAGUCCUCAGUAAGAUUGUUGGUUUUAUUGACAUUGUAGCGAUGAAUGUGUGGGUUAUUCAAAGAACAAGGAAGAAGUGAUGAUUUCAGAUAUUAUCGGAGUCAUUUAACAACGUUUCCAUUCAUCUUGCUGCCUGUUGGCAUUUAUUCUACUGUGUUCACACUGCAAGCAGCAUGGCUGUUCAGCUGAGGAUGAUUUUGAUUUUAUUUAUUUCAUUUUGGCAAUUAUUUAAAAUAUAAAAUGUCAAAAAACAUUGGAAAAAUCCCCAUAACAUGGGCCCACAGUGACAUUUUUAAAUUACUUGUUUUGUCGAAUUAACAACCAAUGAUCUGCGGGUUUAAUUUACAAAGAGAUAAAACAAAGAAAAGAAAAUCCGCACAUUCUUACGUUUUAGAAGUCGGAACCAGCUAAUGUUCAUAUGGAUCAGAUUCAUUCAAAUUCAAUUUAAACAAUAAAAAAAAUCUGCUGUGUUGGUAUUUACUACCAACAGGGUAAAUAACCCAUGACUUAAGUUGUUAUAAGCUGCUGACCUGAAAAAUUGAGCUUUUCAGAAGACAAAAGUGGAUACAGACGUGAGGAAUCAGCAGAGAGAUUUGGGAGACUGUGGGGUCCUGACACUAAGCUAACUUUAUGUCCCAUAUUACACUUGCAGCAAGCAUUUUUGUACCAAGUCAAAUAUCCAAAUUCCAGUUUUAGGCUAACGAUAUGUCUGUUAGUUAAGAUAACAAACGUAAUGUCAGACAUAUGGUUAGCUUAGUGUCAGGAUCCAACAGUCUCCGGGUCGGCAGCUUAUAAAAAUUUAAGUAAUGGGUUCUUUGCAUGGUUGGAAGUGAUUAUCACCAUAAAGCAGCCUUUAGGAAUUUUUUGUUGUUUUAUUUUUUAAAUUGACGAGGAGGAAUCUUGACGCAGUACAAGUCAAUAGAGAGCGGACAGUUGUUUUCCCAUCCUGGGAAGACUUAAAUAGGCUUUGUCUCUUUUGGUAUCUGUUGUUUAUGAAUUCAAAUGAAAUUGUUAAAUAAUGAAGAAAAACAGAAAUAUUAUCCCAUUGGCGCAGUUUGCCUGGCUGCUCAGCUCUGAGGAAAAUAAAUGGACUCCUGUUGAGGCGUUUGUUGUGUUGCUUGCAGUGUGAAAUCACAGUAAAGGGGUUGAUUCACCUUUACUGUUGUGUAGAAUGUUGUGUAGUUAUUCCUCCACGGCAACCAGAAAAGAGCUCAGGUGUAAACGUUAGAAGACAAAGUGGUACUUAAGAUAAAGCUGAGUGGACGACGCUCAAUUUAUUCCCUUCCCGGAAUCGGCUGUCUCUAACCGUUGAUGAUGAUGGUUGGUGUCCCACCAGGCACUGUCCCGGGCCCGAGCCAGCGCUGCCUGCUCUGCUCGGCCUGGGACUAGUCAGACUGAUGGCUGCGGGGUAAACACUCGCCCCAUACAUGGGCCACAGCCAGCUCCACUGGAGGGUUGUGUUUAGGCUGGAGACGAUCCUGCGGGACAUGGCAUGCUCUCUGCCCAAUCAAUCAGCAGUGGGUGUAAACAUGUCACGAUCGUUGGGACAACUCCUCCUUUACACUUGGCAGGAGAGAGCGGUGUUUGUGUCCCCGUGUCUGACACUGUGUACAUCAGCGGCACCUUCUAGGCCCGAAGGGGUCAAAGGUCAGAGCGGGGGAAGAUGCGUGACAGUGACGUUUUAGGAGUGUUAAUCACAAGUUUAAUCACAAUACGAUAUUCCAUCGAUUCUUUGGACAACAAUACGAUAUUUGCUGAUAUCUUGAAAAUCAGUCACAAUACAACUUUGUUUCAUAUUAAUUCAGAGGCCUGUGAACAAUAUUAGACAAUAUCAUAUGGCCAUUUAACACAGUUCCGUUUCUAUCAACUCAAAAAGGCAACUAAAAUAAGAUUUGACAAAUUUAUUUGUGAUCUCUUCAAAGUAAGAACAAGCUAUUCUUUUUAGUAAAAAGAAUAAAUAUAAAUUGGGAAUCUAAAAUAAAUUUAUUUAUUUACAAAUGAAAUGGAUCGAUAAUUUUUACUGUGCAUAUUUAAUAUUGGAUUGUGGAACACUGAAUGGAUAUAUCAUUACACCCAUAUGACGUAUACCAGAGCAUGCCAUGAUAUGCCAGCAUAUCCAAAAUCAAAAGUUAUUCAUUAUACAAACUUAAACGUGAGAAGCUUGAAUCAGAAAGUGCUUGUCAUUUCGACUUUAUAAAUCACUUCAAACUCCGUGCACUGGUAUAUUCAUUAUGAGGAAUAUAUAUUUCAGCCAUACAGUCAGUGAUAUGCUCAUAUCCUACAUGUUACCAGAAUAUGACUAUGAUAUAUGAAAACCUGUCAAACCUUCACAUGCAUUCAAGAAAUCCUUUGGGGGGAAAAAUAAUGCAUUUUGAAAAGGAGAUCAUGUAGAAACCCUGAUUUGAAUAUCAGCACAACGCCACAUGCCAGUCACUGAAUACAGACUUAAAGCUAAAAGAAUAUGUUUGCCUAGAUUUCCAAAACUAAGCUUUUAUUAACAAAACCCCCCCGAAACAAAGACUUUUGCAGCCGUUUGGGAUUGUGUUGUCCAAUGUGUGAGGAGUGGAGCGGAGUUCUCUUUUCACCGCUUGCAGCAGUGUUGCACUACUUAAAAAAAAGAAAAAGAAAAAGAAAGUCUACCCAAGGGAGGAGGAAAGGACAGGUCCAGUUGGCAGCAGGAGCAUUAAGACAGCGAGCUUAAAUAAAUAGUUUUUCAUACAGUGACUUUAGUUUGACAUCUUAGGCUCGUUAGAAUUGGGCUGCCUAUCGUUCACAUCCUUUUUUUGGAUACCAAUUUCAUAAAAAUCCAAUGUGAGUGGGGUUGGGCAUUGUUUAACAAUUCUGAUUCCAAUUCCUACUCUUCCUUUUGAUUCCGGUUCUUAUUGAAUCUCGAUUCCGGUUCUUUGGGGGGUGGGGUUGAAACGGGUCACAUGCUUAUUUCACAAAUAGGAGGAAAGUUGUAUUUUGAUGCAUUGGUGGGUUGCAGUUUUCCAGAGCUUUAUCCACGUCAAAUAAAGCCAGACUAGAGCGGCGCUUACUGUUCUCCAAGGCUGCAACACAUCAAGCGCCUGGUUGCUACGGAAACCAAAUCUCGCGCAUGUUAAAUAUGGACAUGAUGAUCGGAUUUGAAACCCAAUCCUCCACGAUUCCAAUAAAGAAACAUCUUAAUUUUUGAAACUAUUCCAAGUAGGAAUGGGUUCUCGAUGCCCAAUCCUAAAUGUGGAGCAGGUGCCUCGGAGGGGGACUAACAGGUCAACAUUUUUCAAAGAAACUCCCGCACAUAAUAAUAUAUCAAAUUACAUAGGAGGCAACGUUUUGGUACUAGACCGUCUUCAGACAUUGGAAGAUGUCUAGUACCAAAACGUUGACUAUUAAACUAUUUUUUUUCUGUGCAAGUCACAGUGUCUGGUGUUUCGUUGCAGCAUAAACAUCCAUUUUUGCAAAAGAAAUUACAAAAUUAGGCAUUACAGCACAAAUCGUACAACUACGUGUAACCUAGAGGUCUUCCUGCGUUCCUCUACGACGUGUAAUGUUAGACAGCCAAUCACAAGCGUUUUCAGAUCUUGCUUAUUGGCUCCCAGACGCGGAUGAGAUGUACUCCUCAGGUAUUGAAAUUUGGUAUUGAAUGACAAAGCCUUUUUUUUUUUAAUUAAAAGGAAAUUGCCUAAAACUGCCUAAAAAAAUUAAAAAAAACGAAUUAGAAACAGAGGAUUUUUUUUUUAAGCUCGCUGUCGUAACUCUUUGACUCUGCUGAGUAUUGUCAUUGUAGACUGUAAAUGCACUAUAAAUUUGUGAUAAAGCUAGUGUUAAGUGUUUGGACUCAGGGUGUGGAUGUGGUCUGAGCGGAUUGAGUACCAGCAGGGAGCUGACGCAGCAGCGUUGGGAUCUACGAUUUAAAAAAAAAAAAACCCCGUCCAAAAAAAGAUUCCUGUUGAGUUUUCAGGAGACCAAAUUGUGUAUCUUACGUCUACUAGAAGAACAAAUAUUUAAAACAAUAAGUUGUUUAUGCAUCAUGCACCUACCUUUUUAAAUCAUUUUGUGUUCCUCCCUUUUCUGGAGGCAGAUUAAGUUUGUUUGAUUUGUGAAAAGCGUAUUGUAAUAGACGUCAUUUCGAAAGGAAAUGGAGUCCUCCAUGCUGCCAGCAAGGAAAAAAGGAUGCUAUGACAAAAAAAUAAAAUAAACAAUGUAUGGAUUCAGCUUCUCUUCUUGAUAUCGGGCUGAUAUUCUGCUCAUUUGGGAGUUUAUGCACUUGUAUGGUGAUUAUUGUAUUUUUUUUUUAGCUCAGAUGUACCCACUUUUUCACUGUUUUUGCACUAGCUCUUUUUAAAUCACUAGAAGAAUGCUGCUUUUUGUAUCAUAUAUAUUUUUAGUUGCAGAGAAAACGGCAGCUGGAGACUGAGCGCAGGAUCAGCCGUGUUUUGUUUUUUUCUUCAGGUAAACAAGACGAGGAGCAGAUUCAGAAAUCUAGAGAUUCAGGAGCAGCUCAGACUAGGGAUCGACCCAUACUGGUUUUUCAAUGCCGAUGCAGGUACUGAUUAUUAGUAGUUAAUGAGACAGAUAACCGAUAUUUGGAACCAAAAUGCAUUCACAGUCAAAAUGAAAAUGUUAAAGUCAAAAUUAAGAUUUUGGAAUGUUACAUACUCCAACACAAAACUGUGUUUAAAGGCUUUGAGCCACUAUUUAAUAAAUGAGACAUGGCAGUCACUAUUAGUUUACAUGAUAUUUAACCCAAAACAAAGUUUUCAAAUGUACUCUAGAAAGGGAAAAAAAGAAAAAGGGGAAUCCUGUGUUGAUCUUUAAAUAGUCUUUUAAAAGAAAAACAGCAGAUAUAGAAAUCAGGAAAAAUCUCAGUUUGAAAGGUGAGGCGUUGCGAGACAUGUUGCAGUAUAAUCUCUUACUUGACGUUAUGUUUAUGCAGACAUAUUUGAACUGGCAAAAAAAAGAAUUAGUCAUUGAAUCAAUAUAAAGUAGAGAUACUGGAGUUUUGGUUUUGAGAUAAUUGUCAUGUUAUUUAUUUAUUUAUUUUAUCCAAUUUUAUCCGUUUUUUUUUUUUUUUUCCAUUCGAAUGUUCUUUUAGAAAAGAAAUGAUUUUAGUUUAACUUGACUCUCAAAUGUAUUUAAAAAAACAAAAAACGUUUUCUUUUCUUUUGAACACUAAUUAAAUGUAAAGAAUGUAAAGAAACUUACAAAAAUGAAUCAUAAGUGUUGAAUAAAUUUUGGAUGAUCC